AUGAUGCGGGCGAGCCUCAAGUGCUCCAUCGCUCGUGAUCCGAUGCUGGCGGCGGCAGUGCCGCGAGCGGGCAUGAAACGCGAGACGUCGAGUGUCAGCGUGGACGAUUCGGGGUCCGGUGCAGAUAGGGGCCAGACCUGGUGCUCGUUGCCGUCGAUGGAGAGGCGAAGGGUCAUGGGAAUGUGUGCGACCCCCUGCCAGCUGAAGUGCCUACCCGGGUACCCGGCGUAUGCAUUGCCCAUCCAGGGCUAUCACCUGGACCCAUCAACAGGCGCCUGCGCGCCGUGGCACGAGGGUCUGAAAGCUCAGACUCAGCUCUUCACGCUCGGUAUGAAAGCGAGGGAGACGGUGACGGAGUCGGAGAGCCGCUAG